AUGUUGAUUAAAAGAAAAAUGGUAUGAAAGUUACUAAUUCUUAAUAUUAUACAGACAGAUAUCAAUUUCAAAUUUUCUUUUGUCCACCACUGUGCAAUGACACAAGAAAAAAAAAAAACAUUUAACAAGCAGAAAAUUCCCAAGUUUUGACCAUCGAUUAAUAAUUUAUUAAUGCAAUUUUUUCUUUUAUCCCAGGCUUCUUUUGUUUUAUAAAACCAUCCACUGUUCAGUACACAGAUAUUGAACAGUUUCAUUGUUAUUUGCUUUGAAAUAUUUUACACGAUUUAAUAUAUGGUAUAAUGCAAGAGGAAGAGAGUGAAAGUUGCAAAAAUGCAUAUAAUACGUAAAAAUGUGUAAGAUAUUUAAAAUAAGGUAUCAUAAUAUAAUAUACACUAGGUAAAACAAAUUUCUAUUUUAUCUUCUCCUGUUUUACUGAUUGGUAACAGAUGUUGAAUAGUUUUGUGUUAUUUGCUUUGAAAUGUUUUGCAAAAAUAUAUAAUCGAAAAGAGGAUGAUUUUAUGCGCAAAAAUAAACCGAAAAUAUAAAAUAAAAUUAUCUAGUAUAAAAUUUGAUAAAUUCAAAUGUACUUGGCAAAUUUUCAAAAGUUGAUUCCUUUGAAAAUGAAAUCUUAAAUAAGUCAAAAAUAGAAGAAGGUUUGGACAAUUAUUAUUAAAACUCUCGUCAAAUGCGAGAAGAAUUUGUACAAAAUACUGAAUAAUCCAGGAAAUAAUUUUCUAAAUUUUCAUAAAAAUGGAAAGAUAAAUUGUAUUGGUCCAAGCAGGAUAACUUAUGUUUGUCCAAGUUACAGUCUUAUUUGGAAAAUGAAUGCAACUGAAACGAAAACAUUAAGGAAGAAAGCUGCCAAGGAUUUAGAAGAACGUCGUAGCCAUUAUGAACCAUCGCUCGGCCCUGGUAUACCAGAUGAUGUUGAUCAUCUCUUCAAUCUCGAGGAGAAUGAUUUUGUCCCGCACUUCCAGAGGGUAUCCAUAUCCGGUGAAGAUACUUCCGGGGUGCCCUUGGAAGAUCUGCAGCAAGCGUCUCAGUUGUUGGUUCAGGCACUGGCAAUACGUGAAAAAUACAUGAACAAUUCUAAACAGAGCUUUCCUUCCAUCACAUCACGAUUUCUACGUAGCAUCGAUAAAAGGCCAAUAAGCAGUGACGACGAAGUUCAACACGAUGAUCGUAAAGCCAUCGCAGGUAUUUGUUACAUGUUUCAAAAUUUUAGUAUGAUUGACUUUUUCUUUAGCAAUCCUUUUUUGUACGUGAAAACACGUGAACACUUUAACAUUCUCGACAUUUGUAAAUCUUUCAUGACAUAAAGUUAGUUCACAAUGUGUUGUUUCUUAAGGUAAGAAGCUGCAGUCAGAAGUUGAAAGUGAAAUUACGAGCGUUCCAUCCGACGCAGACAUCGAUGCACUGAUCAAAAACGUAUCCUUGACAGGUCCUUUUCCUCCUAUCCUUCGUCUUAUACUUUGCAUCAGAACUCCUUCAAUUCUGCUGCGGUACUCGAAUUUUUUAUGUCGCAAUUUCGCUCACAAACAACUUCAAUUGAGAAAGAGACGCUUUAGCGUCAUAGUUUCCUUGAAAAAAAUUUUUUAACGAUGAAGUAGAUACGAAAAUGACAGAAAGAAUAAGCAGCAGAAUUAUAUCAUCGUUCAUAAUAAGUAUAAUUGUACUGUUGGAUAUAAGAAGAUCACUAGUUACAAAUACUAUUUAUUUCUUAUAUAUAAUAAAGUUGUAAGAUUACCUAUAAUAAUAAGAUAUAAUAAUAAUAAUGAUAAGUAAGAUUGUCUAUUUGAUAUUUCUUCUUUAUGAUUUCAUUGACAUAAUCGGACUUUUAAAUUUUCAUUAUAGUCUUCUUUUAUUGCAUAUCAUAAUGGUUAUAUACAGGAAGCAGUAUUGUUUUUUAAUAUUAUUUUGUUUUAUUUAUUUAAUAUUUACAUAUUAUUUAAAGAAAAUAUAUAAUAACAAUAUAGUAAAAGACUAGUCUUCUUUGUUGACUCAUCUAUCAUUAUACUGCCCAUACCAUUAUGCCAUUCUUUCAGUUUACUAUCUUGCAAUCACAAAAACUAAGAAAUCUUAUGGUUAAUCAAAAAAUAGUUGAAUAUUUUAUACAUAUAAAUUAUUCUAAAUUAAGAUUGAUUAACGUUUGACUUAAAUAUAUACAUAUAUAUGUAUCUUUAUAUAUAUCUUAAAAAAAUAAGUUUUAAACUUUGUUGUAAUUCUGACAGGAUACAACAAUGAAAUUAAUAUAGAUAUAUAGAUACAUUAUUAUAAGCAUUAUUAUAGAUGUAAAUAUUAUAUUAUACAGUUCAGUAA